AUGGCCGAGCGAUAUAUCCCCGAACAUCGCCGGACACAGUUCAAGGCCAAGAACACCUUCAAACCUGAGGAGCUCCGUCGUCGCCGUGAGGAGCAGCAGGUUGAGAUCCGCAAGGCAAAGCGCGAGGAGAACUUGGCCAAGCGACGAGGUAUUGGCACUGGCGAGAACCGACCUGGAGCCUCGCUCGGGGCUGCACCCGACAGCGACGAUGAGUCGGCUCCCACGGAAUCGCAGUUGAACGAGGACCUCCCUCAGAUGGUCCAGGGCGUCUUUUCGGAGCAAAUCGACCUGCAGAUCCAAGCCACCACCAAGUUCCGGAAACUGCUGUCCAAGGAGCGGAACCCGCCCAUCGAAGAGGUCAUCAAGACGGGCGUCGUCAGCCGAUUUGUCGAGUUCCUGCGCUCCCCGCACACUCUGGUGCAGUUUGAGGCUGCUUGGGCCCUGACCAACAUCGCCUCGGGCUCGGCCACCCAGACCCAGGUCGUCAUUGAAGCCGGCGCCGUCCCCAUCUUCGUCGAGCUCCUGGCCAGCCCCGAGCCUGAUGUGCGCGAACAGGCCGUCUGGGCCCUCGGCAACAUUGCCGGCGACAGCCCUCACUGCCGCGACUACGUGCUCAGCUGUGGCGCCCUGAAGCCGCUGCUGAACCUUCUCGGCGAUAGCCGCAAGCUGAGCAUGUUGCGCAACGCCACAUGGACCUUAAGCAACUUUUGUCGUGGCAAGACGCCGCAGCCUGAUUGGAACACGAUUGCCCCUGCUCUCCCCGUCCUCUCCAAGCUCGUCUACUCGCUGGAUGACGAAGUCCUGAUUGAUGCCUGCUGGGCCAUUUCCUAUCUGUCGGACGGCUCCAACGACAAGAUCCAGGCCGUGAUUGAAGCCGGCAUCCCGCGCAGGCUGGUUGAGCUGCUCAUGCACGCCUCCACCUCGGUCCAGACUCCUGCUCUGCGGUCUGUAGGCAACAUUGUGACUGGCGACGACGUCCAGACUCAGGUUAUUAUCAACUGCGGCGCGCUGCCUUGCCUCUUGUCUCUCCUGAGCUCCACCAAGGAUGGCAUCCGCAAGGAGGCAUGCUGGACCAUCUCUAACAUUACCGCUGGUAAUUCGUCUCAGAUCCAGUCCGUCGUCGAUGCCAACAUCAUCCCUCCUCUCAUCCACCUCCUCCAAAAUGGCGACCUCAAGACGCGCAAAGAAGCCUGCUGGGCCAUAAGCAACGCCACCUCUGGCGGUCUCCAGAAGCCAGAGCAGAUCCGUUACCUGGUCUCGCAGGGCUGCAUCAAGCCUUUGUGCGAUCUCCUCUCGUGCCCCGACAACAAGAUCAUUCAGGUUGCCCUCGAUGGCCUCGAGAACAUCCUCAAGAUUGGCGACCUGGACAAGCAGGCCGCCGGCGACAAUGCUGAAUCCAUCAACCGCUAUGCACUUUUCAUUGAGGAGUGCGGAGGCAUGGAGAAGAUCCACGAAUGCCAGAACAACGCAAAUGAGGAGAUCUACGUCAAGUCGUACCACAUCAUCGAGAAGUACUUUUCGGACGAGGUUGAAAAUGCCGACGAGGGCAUGGCCCAGCCGGCGGGACCCAACGGCACGUUUGGCUUCGGGACCAACGGCCCAGCCCAGUCGGGCGGCUUCAACUUUGCCAACGGAGGCGACUCGAUGGACAUGUAG